AUGGCACGAGAGUCGCGUCAAGUACUGGUCGAUGAGGAGAUUUCAACGAUGUCCACAGAUGAGGAUUUGGGGGUCGUGAAGGAAAAGCAGGCCUGGCGCGAAAAGUACAUCGUACCCUUUGUCUUCAUUGGCUUUAUCGUCAUCAGAGCGUUGGACCGCAUUUUUCUCUACCGCGUGCAAAAGUCCAUGGCGGAUUAUACAGCCAUCUUAAUGAGCAUCUAUUGGCCUCCCAUGGUACAGGUCAUGUGUUUCUUGGUCUCGUUGGCCUAUGUCUUCAGAAAGCGGCAGAGUGAUAAAUCCUACAACAUGGCCUGGUUUUCGCCCUUCAGCGAACGCGCCAGUUCGCAGGGCGCCGUGCCGCAGAAAUGGAUUGCGCAGUUUGCCCUCUACGAUCAAGUGAACGCCAUUCUGUCCGCUCCUCCCUCACCCUUUAUCCCAUUGGUACUGCAGACGCCGUUGAACAAUUUGGUGGUUCUCUUCACAGCUUUCACGGCAUUUUUCUACCUGAAGACGCGUUUCAAGAUGGUCCACUAUGCAGGAAUUUGCAUCAUCCUGUGCUCCUGCCUGGUUGGUGUGUUGGUGGAGCUCCAGGGCCCGCAGCCCAUCAUCUGCCGUGGCCUUCACGGUGCCGCCGACGCCAUGAAGAAUCCCGCCACCGCGGCCACGGUGCCGCAGGAGACCAGGUGGUUAGUGCAGAACGCGACUGAUGACUGUGUCACUGGCCUACCUCCAUACAAGAACGCUGAUGGCGAGAUCAUUUAUAUUGCCUUCGGAACGCUUGCGACCAUGUACUUGCUCUACAUCUUUGCAAUCAUCCCUUCGGCCUUCAGCAAUUGCUACAAGCAGAAGAAGCUCAAGCAGGUGAAUCUUGAUGUGAUGUGGUCCUUCUUUUGGUCCGGGAUGUGGCAGGUCUUCUGGGGUUUCUUGUUGUAUCCACUGAGCUGGGUCCCGUGGCCCACUCCCACGGGGCACAAUGAAGCUGGACCUUCCACCCUUAGUCAGGAUUUGAAAGACUCCUGGACUUGCUUCAUGGGACGUAAUCCCAAGCCUUCGGUGACCACAUGCUCGGCUGAACCUGCCUGGCUGUGGUUCAUGAUGUAUCUCCUCUUCAAUGUCUUCUUCAAUCUCUUCUUCCUGUGGCUCAUUAAACGCCUGAGUGGAACCUGGGCCUCCAUUGGCUCCAUCUUGUGUGGCAACUUGUGUGGCAUUUUCAGUCAGUUCGACCUCUUCGCUGGCCCCUCCGCCCAGAAAUUGACCAUGGAGCAGUGGAUGGCCUUGAUUCUAUCCUCGAUUGCCAUGUGGGUCUACAAUAUUGAAGAAGAGGUCGACGUGAAUGGCAAAAGUGUCUACGGUGAAAAAGAGCAAGGUGAUCACAGAUACGACACCUUCGGUGUCAUGGGCGUGGAUCCGGACGAGGACGAAUAUGCCUCCGACGACGAGCCAAUGGCGCAGACCCCACCGGGCGGCGUGUGCCUCGCGGACUAUUGCGAGAUCUUCGAUGCGUGCCAUCCAGAGGUGACACGCCGGGGCAAGAGUGAUCCAGCCCCCAGCUGCAACAACGAGACCAUGCUGCUUCAGCGUCGCCGAUGUGAGGAGUCCUUGGCCAAGUGCUUGCCCUUGGACCAGGAGGAGUCCCGAAAGCUGCAUGCGAAGUUGUCCCGCCAUUUCUGCCAGAUGAUGGAUUGCAGGAUCCGUGCCGAACGGCACAAGGAACAGAACCAUGAGAUGAUGCCUGUAGUGGUUCUGCUGAUCCUCGUCGUCCUGCUGGGUUUUAUCGCCUUUAGCCUCACGGUUUGUUGUGUGGACUAUUCCGACGACUUCCUCAACUAUUUGGAGGAGUCCAACAUCAUCUCUUCAAGAUGUCGUAGGCGAGCCACUGAGAUGCGUGAGAACACACGGAGCGUGAUGCAUUUGGACCGUACCAAGACCAUUUAA